AUGGCGGCGCCCCGCAGCGACAGCGAGAAGCGGAAGCAGAUCAGCGUGCGGGGCAUCGCGGGGCUGGGCGACGUGGCCGAGGUGCGGAAAAGCUUCAACCGGCACCUGCACUUCACGCUGGUCAAGGACCGCAACGUGGCCACCCCCCGCGACUACUUCUUCGCGCUGGCGCACGCGGUGCGGGACCAGCUGGUGGGGCGCUGGAUCCGCACCCAGCAGCGCUACUACGAGCGGGACCCCAAGCGUAUUUAUUACCUGUCUCUGGAAUUCUACAUGGGCCGCACCCUGCAGAAUACAAUGGUGAACUUGGGUAUGCAGAAUGUCUGUGAUGAAGCCAUUUACCAGCUGGGGCUGGACUUGGAGGAGCUGGAAGAAAUCGAAGAAGAUGCUGGCCUGGGUAACGGAGGGCUGGGUCGCCUGGCAGCUUGCUUCCUCGACUCCAUGGCGACGCUGGGGCUGGCAUCCUAUGGCUACGGGAUCCGAUACGAAUUUGGCAUAUUUAAUCAGAAGAUUGUUGAUGGCUGGCAGGUGGAGGAAGCGGAUGAUUGGCUGCGCUAUGGCAACCCCUGGGAAAAAGCCCGCCCUGAGUAUAUGCUUCCUGUGCAUUUCUAUGGCCGAGUGGAGCACACUGUAGAGGGUGUGAAGUGGAUCGAUACUCAGGUAGUUCUUGCCAUGCCUUAUGAUACCCCUGUGCCAGGAUACAAGAACAACACCGUUAACACAAUGAGGCUGUGGUCUGCCAAAGCACCCAAUGACUUCAACCUUCAGGAGUUUAAUGUGGGCGAUUAUAUCGAGGCUGUGCUGGAUCGAAACCUGGCGGAAAACAUCUCCCGAGUCCUGUAUCCGAAUGACAAUUUCUUCGAAGGGAAGGAGCUGCGGCUGAAGCAGGAAUACUUCGUGGUAGCCGCCACCCUGCAGGACAUCAUUCGCCGUUUCAAGUCUUCCAACUUCGGCUCCCGAGACCCAGUCAGGACAUGCUUCGAGACCUUCCCAGACAAGGUCGCCAUUCAGCUGAACGACACUCACCCAGCACUUUCCAUCCCGGAGCUCAUGCGGAUCCUGGUGGACGUGGAGAAGAUGGAGUGGGAGAAGGCCUGGGAGGUCACAAAGCGGACCUGCGCCUACACCAACCACACCGUGCUGCCCGAGGCCCUGGAGCGCUGGCCAGUCACCAUGUUUGAGAAGCUGCUGCCGCGCCACCUGGAGAUCAUUUAUACCAUCAACCAAAGACAUCUGGAUCGUGUGGCCGCCCUCUACCCCGGAGACCUAGACCGUCUGCGCAGGAUGUCCGUGAUCGAGGAAGGGGACUGCAAGAGGAUUAAUAUGGCCCACCUCUGCGUGAUCGGCUCCCACGCUGUCAAUGGGGUGGCCAGGAUUCACUCUGAAAUCGUGAAGAAUUCUGUAUUCAAAGAUUUCUAUGAGAUGGAACCAGAGAAAUUCCAGAACAAGACGAACGGCAUCACUCCACGGCGCUGGCUCCUGCUGUGCAACCCAGGACUUGCAGGUGUAAUUGCUGAGAAAAUCGGAGAAGAUUUUGUAACGGAUCUGAGCCAGCUGAAGAAGUUGCUGGAUUUUGUCGAUGACGAGGUGUUUAUCCGGGAUGUGGCCAAAGUCAAACAGGAGAACAAGCUCAAGUUCUCAGCCUACUUGGAGGAGAAGUACAAAGUGAAAAUCAACCCGUCCUCCAUGUUCGACGUGCACGUGAAGCGGAUUCACGAGUACAAGAGGCAGCUCCUCAACUGUCUGCACGUCAUCACCCUCUACAACCGCAUGAGAAAAGACCCAUCAAAGUCCUUUGUGCCCAGGACGGUGAUGAUUGGAGGAAAGGCAGCUCCCGGCUACCACAUGGCCAAAAUGAUUAUCAAACUGAUCACGUCCAUCGGGGACGUUGUCAAUAACGAUCCCUAUAUAGGAGACAGACUCAGAGUCAUCUUCUUGGAGAACUACAGGGUGUCCUUUGCUGAGAAAGUGAUUCCCGCGGCCGAUCUGUCCCAGCAGAUCUCCACGGCCGGCACCGAGGCCUCGGGCACGGGGAACAUGAAGUUCAUGCUGAACGGCGCCCUCACCAUCGGGACCAUGGACGGGGCCAACGUGGAGAUGGCGGAGGAAGCCGGCGAGGAGAAUCUGUUCAUCUUUGGCAUGCGGGUGGAGGACGUGGAGGCGCUGGACAAGCGCGGGUACAAUGCUAGGGAAUACUACGAGCGCAUUCCAGAGCUGCGACAAGCCAUCGACCAGCUCAGCAGCGGCUUCUUCUCGCCUAAAGACCCUGGCUGCUUCCGGGAUGUCGUCAAUAUGUUGAUGAACCACGACAGAUUUAAAGUGUUUGCUGACUACCAGGCCUACAUGGAGUGUCAAGGCCGCGUUGACCAGUUGUACAGGAAGCCAAGAGAGUGGACGAAGAAGGUCAUCAAGAACAUUGCUUCCUCGGGGAAGUUUUCCAGUGACAGGACGAUCACCGAGUAUGCCAGAGAAAUCUGGGGUGUGGAGCCAUCAGCUGUGAAGAUCCCCCCACCUAACAUCCCCAGGGAAUAAGCUGGGCACUAAAUGUGUGUCUGGUUGAUCCAGGCUUAAGGUGCUUCUGGUUUCCAGCUAGGUUUGCACAGAUGAACUUACACCAGUUGAGGGUCUGGAAUCUAUAAACUAGGGCAUUUGCCAGGGAGAAGAGGGUGCUUUUAAUAAGAGCAGAGGGGGAGAUGUUGGCCAAAGCCUUGUGUGUGAAAACAAGUAAAACAGAAGGAGCAGGAAACCUGGUUAGAACUGAAGCUAUUCUGUGUGUUACUCAUUUAGCCAACUUGCAUGUCCUGUACCGUGUUGAGUGAGCUAAUGGCUGCAUAGGCUUCCUGCAGCUACAUCCCAUGCUAGGCCAAGCACUUAGUGAAAGGCUCGUUUUCCCCUUCCGUAGAAAGGCUGCUCUAGUGUCUGUAGAGGGGGUGAUCACUGAACACCCUGCUCAGGUGAUCUGCCAGCGUGGUCUGAGCCUGCCCACGUCUCCCACCCUGCCAGUCACUGCUAGGGGCCUCACCCAGGUUCUUACACCUUCCAGCCAUGGUCAGAGCUGGGACACUGGUUAGGUGAAGCAGGAAUGGAGCCAAAACACCUCUUUUUCCCUAUUAACAUUUUAUGGCUAAAGGUAAAUGACUCCACCCUAGCGAGGGGGCUAGUUUUGCUGCAUUGGUUGAAGUAGGAUUAAACUCCACGAGCCAGCUGGCCUGUUUGAAUUAUCACAAAAUUAUAUUUAUUUAUUUUUAAACUGCCAAGCAGGAAACUUGCAGCGGGAGCUGACAGACUCUGUGUGAGCCCAGCAGGGGCUUUCAGAGCCCACCUGAGCCCUAACCUGGUGGUUGCGUCUGCACCUAGCAGCCCCGUGUGAGCUGGAGGACAGGGGGUGUGAGAUUCAUGCUGAAAAUUGGCAGCUAAUGAACUUCAGCCACGAUUGAAACCACCCUCUUUCCUUACCAAGUGGGGCCAGGGGUUUUGAGUUGCGCUAAAGACAGCACCUAAUUUGAAUUAAAAAGCAGCUUGCGGACAGCAAUUCAAUAUGGUGCCUCUUGGUGCAAAAUGGUGCCUUAGACAGGGACCCAUAACCGCUCCAAGUGGUGUUUGUAGAGCUGUUAUGAAGGCAUGAGAGAUUGUAUUAGCCCUCAUCUAGCAUGGGGGAAAGCAGAACCGCUUUACACACUGAGCAGGGAGAUGUACAGGACACUGCAAACCUGCGGAAACGCUUCCUAUAGAAUUUUGGGUUAGUGAGGUCAAGCCCCCUGCAGCUGCCAGUUCGCAGCUGGGCCUGUAUUGUGCUUUGUAGGGGCCUGAAGGAAUACUUGUAAACACUGUGCGUGUUGGAGAGCAGGGGGCUGGAUGGCUUCUGAGGCGUGGGGGCCAUGCACAUGGCCUUGUGCCAUGCACUGGGGGAAGAGCUUCCCCCCUCCCAGGCCAGCCUGAGCCCAACACCCCUGUUCUUAUUGUUGGUACAGUUGUGGGCCCUGCAGUCAGGGACAAAGACUCACCGUCAGUUUCCCUCUGGCAAAGGGCCCUGCAUUUACUGUGCUGGCCACACUGCCCCCUUCCUACACAGAACUGCUCCAUCCCCUUUUCUACCCCCGUCAGGCUAAGGUGUCCCGCGUGACUGAGCCCCAGGAAGCACCAUCGCCCACCCUGGAGCAUUGGCUACUGACCAGUCCACCGCCAUCAAGGAAAACGGCCCAAAGCUGGACCAUCAGCUAGCAGACAAGUCACUGCCCCCACAGCCCUUCAGUCUGCGCACAGAGCUACAGGGCAGGGCCGGGCCUGUGUAGCCCAUGGCAGCCAGAAAGCCCCUGCUACAGGGACCGUGACACCCCGGCGUCUGAUGGGGAAAAGGCCUGGAAAGGUACAGACAGGAUCUACGGCCAGGGGCCUCCACAGCCCAGGGCAGGACCCUGGUAGGGCCUGAGAAUUAACGUCCCAGGGCCCCAGCGAGCCUACCAGCCACAGCUGGGCUCAGUCACUGCCCCUGUGUGGCUGGAGCUUGAAGCGCCCAGAAGCGGAAGAGCCAGAUUCCUGCAUGGUCUCCCUAGGCCCAGCUCCCACAGAACAAGCCCCUCAGCACCGAAUGGUCUGAUAUGAUGAUUGCAUUGUCCUCACCCAGCCUCCCACCUGUGCAUUUCCUAAGUGGAGUCAGGCAAAGCACAGACACUAGGAGCCUGAGAGUGAGGAUCUGGGCCCAGGAGCCGACAGCCAAAUACAGAAUUGCUGGGAAAUAUCAUGUGCCACAGCACACUUGAAAUGAAGUGGUGUCCUGGCUCACCUGGCUUUGCUGUGUGCAUUGAUGUGUUAACUUACAUCAUGUCUCUAUGCCCAUGAGCAAAGGACGGGACUAAGCCUGUCACUUUUCAGCUAGGAAGGGGAGACGCUUCCCGUGUGCAUUGAAAUCAAGUACAGCCCUGUUAUUUCAAUCAUCAGAAAGACCAACCCUUAAGUCCAUGUAACAAUUUUUAACUGUAGUGUUGGUGCAGCCGUGUUAGACCCAGGAUUCUGGAGACAUGGUGGGUGAGAUAAUGGCUUUUAAUGGAUCAACUGCUAUGGGUGAGAGACAUGAGCUUUUGGGGGAACAGGUGCUGGAGAAGACCUGCAGAGCUCUGUAUAGCAUUAUCUCACUCACCUUGUCUCCCAGAUUUUUAAACGCUGUCAAAUUUCUUGACUAUACAACAAUACUUCUGCUACUUCAUCGGCAUGCAGCUGCUGAUCUGUGUCCAUUGUGUUUUGCAUUGAUCUGGUCGAGGAGGAGUACUUGCUGGAUUGGUCCAUGUGUUACUGACAUUUCAUAGUUUGUGUUCCAUGAACUGGGAUAUUUGAACUGUAACAACAGAACACAGGUGCUAUCUUGGAAAUCAACUUGUACUGAGCAGGAACCUGGAAGGUUUUGAACUUUGAGCAGCCCAGUUGCUUCUGUAUCUGCCUCUAAGGGGACAUGCAAAUAGAUUUAGUGCAGUGUUUCAAUGUGUUGGCACAAAGUAUGGAUAUUACUCUGUGUAGUGAAUCAGUGUUCCUCACCUGUGCAUUGGAAACUAAUUAAAACAAUCAUAAUGCCCA